CAUCUAAUGGCCACAAACGUUGACCUUUAUAUUGAGAAGGGCUACCUAAGAUUUUCAUUAAGUUGUUAAGAAGGAGUGAAACGUUGUAAAGUGUGUUGUGCAAAAAACAAAUCCACCAUACAACCAAAAGUUACAUCAUUUGGAGAGUAACAGAUGAUGAAUAAUAUUGGCUCUAACCAAUCGUUCCAAAGACUCUUGAACUUGACCGUUUAAAGCAUACCGACCCAGCACCAUCAUUUAUUCCGACCGUUGCGUCUAAAGUUUUGACUUUUUGUUUUGUCCGUAAAACAAGAAAAACGGAAAAGGUGUGAAAAAGGGUUCAGAGGUGGCGCGUGAAAGUUACUCUCUUUACACCCUCCAUUUUAUAUAUUAUUAUCUCUCGACUUUCGAAGCCUUCUCAGUACUUCUCAACAAAUGGCUUCGACACUAGGCGGGGGCGACGAGGGAAGAAGCGAGAUAGCGUUCUUCGACCUCGAGACGGCGGUUCCGACCGAACCGGGAAAGCCUUUCGCUAUUCUGGAGUUUGGUGCCAUCUUAGUCUGCCCUAGGAAGCUAGUGGAGCUCCACAGCUACUCAACUCUGGUUCGACCCACCGACCUUUCUCUCAUCUCCACGCUCUCCAAACGGCGCAGCGGUAUCACGCGCGAAGGAGUCCUCUCUGCGCCCACGUUCGUAGAAAUAGCUGACCAAGUCUACAACAUUCUCCAUGGAAGGAUUUGGGCAGGACAUAACAUAAAGAGGUUUGAUUGUGUAAGAAUAAGAGACGCGUUUGCGGAGAUUGGUCAUUCUCCGCCAGAGCCUAAAGCUGUAAUCGAUUCUCUUUCGUUGUUGUCUCAGAAGUUUGGUAAGAGAGCGGGUGACAUGAAGAUGGCAUCGAUUGCUAAAUACUUUGACCUAGGAGAUCAAGCACAUAGGAGCUUAGAGGAUGUCCGGAUGAAUCUUGAAGUUGUCAAGCACUGUGCAACUGUCUUGUUCCUGGAGUCUAGUGUUCCUGACAUUCUAACAGAAAUGAGCUGGUUUUCACCAAGGAGAAGUCCAAGAACGAAAAGUAAUGAGAAGUCAUUGCCUAGUGGAGUUAAAGAAAGCUCAGCUUCCUCAUCCUCUAGUGGAGUUAGAGAAACCCAUCCCAUAGUUUCUCUCCUGACAGAAUGCUCAGAAGAUGAUAAUUCUUGUGGAAUAGAUCCAUCUGAUGAUAUAACCACUCUUAUAAGUAAACUCCACAUUGGAACUCUUCAGACAGAUGCUGCAGACGAAGCACAGGAUGAGUCAACUCCAUCACCCAACCCUGAUGCCAAAGAUGAAGACUUUUUAGGAGUUGAUGAAGUAUCUGUUUCUAGCAUCAGCGCAAGUCUCAUCCCGUUUCAUCGUGGUGGUAGCCUAAGAAUGAAGCUGUUCCAUGACGAUGACCCUCUCCAACUCUAUGGAGACAGCUUGAAAGUUCGGUUUGGAAUAAGCCGGAAGUAUUUGGAUCAUGCAGGCCUACCAAGGUUGAACACUGUUGUCGACUUGCCUCCUGAUUUAUGCAAGAUCUUGGAGGAAGCCGAUGACGUUGCACGUAACUUAUCGGUUGAGUCAGGCACAACCUCAGGUUGGAGGCUCACCGUUAUGAGGAAAAAAGGCUUUGCUAACUACCCCACCGCUAGAUUGCAAAUCAGCUCAGAAUCUAAUGGAGAUGACGCCACCGAGGUGUACCAGAGAAAAGAAUCUUCGGAAACUGUUGAAAAGCUAGAUUUCAGUAGCAACGAGUUUGAAGAGCUUGAGUCAGCGUUACUUCCUGGUACACUGGUUGAUGCGUACUUCUCACUCGAGCCUUAUGAUUAUCAGAAAAUGGCAGGGAUACGUCUAGCUGCCAGAAAGUUGGUUAUCCACAUGAAGAAAUGAUCCACCAAAUCGCUCCUCUGGCUCUUCCUAGUCAGUUCAGUUGUCUCCGUUGUUUGGUUACUGAUCAGUUGCUAUAGUUAGUAUCUAAAAUGAUUUCUCUUGUACCGUUCAAUGAUUAUAACAAACUAGUGGUGUAACACCGAUCAAUGAUUAUAACAAACAAGUAUGAAAAUUUCUCCA